AGAAAAAUAAUGUCAUUUUCUAAUAAUUAAACAUUAAGCACACAUUCUCUCUCUUUCUAUAAACACAUGAAGGCUAAAGCACAUAGAACUUCCACAAACCAUCUCAGACAUUUCAUUUUUCUCAAAAGCUACUCAUUUUUCUUUUUUUCACCAAAAAAAAAAAAACCUUCCCCUUGUUCUUCAUCAAUGGAUACUUCUCAAUGGCCACAGUGGUGAAAACCAUGGAAGAGAUCAUAGUACCAAAAAAUACAAAUACAGGGAAAAUUAGGCCUCAUCAACAACAACAACAAAAAAAUGACCAAGCUUUGAAGAAUUGUCCAAGGUGCAAUUCAACAAACACAAAGUUUUGUUAUUACAACAACUAUAGUCUUUCUCAACCAAGAUUUUUUUGCAAAAAUUGUAGAAGAUAUUGGACUGAUGGUGGAUCUCUUAGGAACAUUCCUAUUGGUGGGGUUUCAAGAAAAUCCAAAAAAUCAUCAUCAAAUAUUAUGAAAAAUAAUAUUAUUUCUCCUAAAGUACAAGAUAUUCCUCCUAAUAAUGAAGGGGUUGAUCAAGAUCUCAACUUGGAUUUUUCCACUGAUUUCAAGAUUAUUUCUGAGUUGAUCCAAGUACCAAAUAAUUCCUUUAUGCCAAUGCCUAAUAUUUCUGAUCCAAAUUCAAUUUACUUAUUCUCUAGUACUAAUUUGGAUCAUGGCCUAAUUGGAAGUAGUAGUACUAGUGGUGGCUAUGAAUGUAAUAAUAUUAUUCAAGAAUUGCAAGAGAGUACUACUACUACAACAACAAGUGGAGGGAUUUUGCUUCCUUUUGAAGAUCUAAAGCAAAUUUCAAACACAAGUGAGCAAUAUAGAGAUGGAGAAUCAUCACCAAAUGGAUAUUGGAAUGCAAUUGUAGGAGGAAAUUGAGAUCUCGGUACAACAACAUAUCCAGUGUAAUCUUUGGGGUCCAAGAAGGAUAGAGUCUACAUAGAUCUUAUAAGCCUACCUGAGAAGUAGAGAGACUGCUUCCGAUAGAUCCUCGACUCAAGAAAAACAGUUUAAAGCAGUCCAGAGAUGGAGAUCUUGGUAAUUAAAGAAAAUAAUAUAAUUUAUGUGACAUGUUUUUUCUUAUGUUAAUUCUAAAAAAAUGUUAUCUUUAUGUAUUUAAAAAUAAUUUUAGCUUUAAUUUGAACAAUUUAACUAUAUAAAUGUCUAAGCUUGAUU